AUGGCUGAUCAUGAGCACGAAUUCGAAAGCACCACAUCGGGCGCCUCUGACACAUUUCCCAUGCAAUGUUCUGCACUGAGAAAGAACGGAUUUGUCGUCUUGAAAGGAAAGCCUUGCAAAAUUGUCGAUAUGACUACAUCCAAAACAGGAAAGCACGGCCAUGCUAAGGUGCAUCUCGUGGGGUUGGAUAUCUUCACUGGUAAGAAGUGUGAAGAUAUCUGCCCAUCAACUCAUAACAUGCAAGUACCCAGUGUUACAAGGAAGGAACUCGAGGUCAUUGAUUUAUCUGAAGACGGGUUCUUCUCACUGAUGGGUGAAGAUGGAGACAUGAGGGAUGACCUGAAGAUCACUGAAAAUUGCUCCCCCAAUACACCCGAGGCCAUUCGAGAACUCAUCGCCACUGCCGAGGCAUCUGGUGAAAGAGUUUUGGCCACUGUGUGGAAGGCAAUGGGAGAAGAAGUAGUCAAGGAGUUGAAGACUGGAAAGGCUAAUUAA